UUAAAAUAAAACAAAGAGGAAGUACUUACAUUUUAUUGCAACUUUAUUGGGAGUUCAACGUUUUGAUUAUUUUCUUCUCACUCUGGCUGUACAAACUGUCAAACACAGGUUGAGUUGAUUUUGCUGCAUUUCUCUUAACUGUGGUCACGAUGUCCCGGUUUGAGCUUUUUCAGAGUCAAAGCGCUCUGGUCAUGUCUUUACUGACGGACUCUGCUAAACACGAGAUACGAAAGACUUUUACAAGCAGCUCCGAUGAAUCCAGUCUCUCCAUCAAACCAAACGAUACUCAGAUUCAGAUGCUUAAUUCCAUAAUGGACAGGUUUGCCAAAGAAGUGGUGCAGAAGAUUUGCAGUCUCUUCAGAUACUGUUCAUCUGUUGCACCAGUUCCAGCUCAGAUAUGUUUGAAGGGUCGAGCCGAGCUGAGGAGGACUUCAUCUCAGAAGGGUCGUGAUCUCAGUGGAGCAACCCAUAGCCAUAACCAAGAGUUUCAGGCAGAUGCUGUAACUCUCUCUGUGAGUCCUCUGAAGGAUCCUGCAACAUCGUCUCACCAGCAACCUUCAACCACUGAACCUGCACAGGAAAGUAAUGCAAGCAGAUGUCUUAUGGUGGAGGACAGAGCAGAAGAAACCAUCCAGACAAUAUUCAACAGUGACGCUGAUGACAGAGUCUGGUCUGAAGAUCAGGAAGAAGUGUUCCAGACGUCAACCAAUCAACCUGAAGUUCCACAAGCAAAAGAGUCUUUUGAAUGCGAGCAGUGCGGAAAGGCCUUUCCAAAGAUGUUUUCUCUCGUGCAGCAUAAACGCGUGCAUUCAAUCGUGAGGCCUCACAGUUGUGAAAAGUGCGGAAAGAAAUUCACACUGCUGAGAGCGCUAGAGACCCACCGUCGCAAACACACGCAGAAGCUUGAAAAGAAGAAAUUUCCCUGCGCUACUUGCGGAAAGAGCUUCAGAGAUCUCGCAGCGCACAAACUGGUCCAUGCGGAAGUCAAACCAUUUACCUGUGAUAUAUGCGGACAAGGAUUCACAAUCAAAAGAAGUUUAUACAUGCACCAGAGGGUGCACACGGGCGAAAAACCAUACAGAUGCGACACCUGUGGAAAGUGUUUCUCCCUGAUUGGCACGUUGAACUACCACAAGAGAAUUCAUUCGAACGACAGGCCGAUAAAAUGCAGCCACUGCAAUAAGAGCUUUAAAUACCAUAAGCUUUUAAAACACCACCUCCGCGUGCACACAGGAGAGAGGCCGCAUACAUGUGACAUCUGUGGGAAAAGCUUCGCGCUUUCCGGGACUCUAAAACGCCACAUCCUCAUUCACACCGGCAACAAGCCGUACGUCUGCGAGGUGUGCGGCAGAAGAUUCAACCAGAGAAGCACUCUAAAAUGCCACAUGAGAGUUCACGGAGAAAAGCGAUUUAUGUGUGAAAUGUGUGGGAAAACGUUCCAGUAUAAUUACGCCCUGAGGAACCACAUUCUAACACACAAUAAGAUUGGAAAUCCAGGCGAUAAAAGUAACGCUCAGCGCUGCGACGUGUGCGGGAAGUUCUUGAGCUCUGCCUACACAUUAAAAGCUCACUUACAACUGCAUUCGGACAACAGCAAACCUUAUAUGUGCACGUUAUGUGACAGAAGGUACAGCAGCGUACAUUCCCUCCGGAUGCACGAGCAGCUUCACACCGGAGAGAAACCUUUCAAGUGCGAGAUCUGUGGGAAGGACUUUUCUGUAAAGGCUUCGUAUAAAACCCAUAUGUUUCUGCAUUCAGGAGAAAGACCUCACAAAUGCGUUUUGUGUGGGAAAAAAUUCAAGCUGUCGAGCUCUUUGAAGAUGCAUAUACGCACUCAUACCGGUGAAAAACCACACAAGUGUGAAACGUGUGGGAAGGCGUUUCAUUUAUCGGCCAAUUUGAAAAGGCACAGGCUCGUGCACACCGGGGAAAAGCCGUUUAUCUGUGACAUUUGUUUGAAGAGUUUCACACAGCCCAACCAUUUGAAGGCACACAUGCACAUUCACACUGGGAAAAAGCCGCACAAAUGCACUAAGUGCUGGAAAACUUUUGCCUAUCAGAGAAAUUACAAAGAUCACAAAUGCACUCCACUUUGAGAGAUUUCAGACUGCUGAACUUGUGUCUGCCUACACGUCCUUGGAUUUCAUGUAGGAUUGUAAAUCAUUUUGUGCAAGUUACAAGAAAUUCUUGACUGUAUUUAUACAUAAAAAUAAAUGUUUCCCUUGUAAUUUUGGAAAUAGUUGCACAUUAUAUUUGAAUUGUUUAUGUGUAUGUGUUAUUUAAAUGAAGUAUAUUAAACUAAAAGCCAUUGUGUAAAUCAAAUCACAUGUCUUAUAAUAAACAUAAUACCAGUGGCUCCACUUAAGGAUACGUGAGUCUACUUAUUAAUAUUUUUUCAGGUCCUAAAAUAUAUAAACAU